GCUGGACAGUUCCCCCUGGUACAAGUGGAGAGGGCAGCUUGCUGGGGAACAGUGGUCAUGGGGACCCCCCAACUCAUCCCCCCUCUUGCUUUGACCCACAGGGCUCGGAUGGCGUCGGGGCGCCCCGAGGAGCUCUGGGAGGCAGUGGUGGGAGCCGCCGAGCGAUUCCGGGCACGCACGGGCACCGAGCUGGUGCUGCUCACAGCCGCACCCCCGCCGCCACCCCGACCUGGGCCCUGUGCCUACGCUGCCCACGGGCGGGGCGCUCUGGCCGAUGCUGCCCGACACUGCCUCCAGGACAUCGCCCAGGCCCACCGGGUGGCCGCCGCCUCAAGGCCCCCCGUGCCCCCGCCACCGCCAGAGCCCCCCAGUCCCGCCCAGAGUCCGCCCCGGCCUGCCCUGCCCAAGGAUGACGACCCGGAUGAAGAGCCCGGGGACACCGAGACCUCCGGGGAGCGGCUGGGCACCAGCGACGAUGGAGGGCUUUUUGUGAUGGACGAAGAUGCCACGCUUCAGGACCUGCCCCCCUUCUGCGACUCAGACCCAGAGAGCACCGAUGAUGGCAGCCUGAGUGAGGAGACGCCCGCCGGCCCCACAGCCUGCUCGGUGCCCCCUGCCUCGGCCCUGCCCACCCAGCAGUACGCCAAGUCCUUGCCCGUGUCUGUGCCCGUCUGGGCCUUCAAGGAGAAACGGACAGAAGCUCGGUCCUCGGAUGAGGAGAAUGAGCCGCCCUCCUCCCCCGACCUGGACCGCAUCGCUGCAAGCAUGCGCGCCCUGGUGCUGCGGGAGACCGAGGACACGCAGCUCUUCGGGGACCUGCCUCGCCCGCGCCUCAACACCAGCGACUUCCAGAAGCUGAAGCGAAAAUAUUGAGCUCCCUGGCCCGGC